ACGAGUCCAGAACUGUGAGUCCAGGUGGUCCUAAUGUUUUGGCUCAUCAGUGCAGUCCUUAAAGACUGCUGGGUUGCCAGAUUUUCACAACCCACGGCAUUAAACUCCAUCCAUGAUUUCACACUGCAGGAGAAGUUGGAUCAUUUAAUACACAUAUGAUGCCGCACUAGAUGUGUGCAUUCGCUACCUUUGUUGGAAGGGCUGAACUUAAUGAUCCAGCAAUGCGGGGUUUAAGGACGUAGCCAUGAAUUGAACCUUGGGUCGAAACACCAAAGCUACUGGAAUUUCGGGGGAAUGGGGACAUUUAAAACAUGCAUACCAAUUUGGAACACUAAUAUAGACUAAGAUUACACAAAUGGAGUUGGUGGAUUAUGUUUAUUUAUCAUUUUACAUCAGUAUAUUAGGGGAUACAUGCGCAAAUGAAUCAAGACCAAUCUGGCAACCAGGUCAGAAGCGCUGGUCCAGCCCAUUGAAGGGAGAUGGUGACGCGCAAGGGUUCGAGCUGCUUAAAUAGCCCAAACUCAGUCCUAGACUUAAAGCUGAGACUUCAACCCACAGGACAGAAGACAAUUCAUCAGGAUUUCACUCAUCUGUGCAUUUGUGGACAUAAGGACCAAAAGCCAUGAUUAAGAAAAUGUCUUCAUCUGAAAACGAGCUGGAAAUCCCGGCUAAGAACUGCUACAGGAUGGUGAUUCUGGGCUCCACAAAAGUUGGAAAGUCAGCCAUCGUGUCUCGAUUCCUCAACGGCAGGUUUGAGGAGCAGUACACACCUACUAUUGAAGACUUCCACCGAAAGCUCUACAGCAUCCGAGGAGAUGUUUACCAACUGGACAUUCUGGACACGUCUGGGAAUCAUCCGUUCCCUGCCAUGAGGAGACUGUCCAUACUGACAGGUGAUGUGUUCGUGCUGGUGUUCAGCUUGGAUAACCGGGAGUCGUUCGGCGAGGUUCAGCGCCUCAAGCAGCAGAUCUACGAGACCAAGUCGUGCCUGAAGAACAAGACCAAGGAGAACAUGAUGGUUCCUCUGGUGAUCUGCGGGAACAAGGGUGACCGGGAGUUCCAGCGUGAGGUGACCCGUGAGGAGAUCGAGCAGCUCCUGGUUGGAGACGAUCAUUGCGCGUAUUUUGAGGUCUCAGCCAAGCGCAACACCAACCUGGACUCGAUGUUCCGACGCCUGUUUGCGAUGGCCAAGCUGCCCAACGAGAUGAGCCCCGACUUGCAUCGCAAGGUGUCGGUGCAGUACUGCGACAUGCUGCACCGCAAGUCGUGCAGGGGCAAGAAGCCCAAAGACGGAGACGCGUACGGGGUCGUGGCGCCUUUUGCGCGUCGUCCCAGUGUCCACAGCGACCUCAUGUACAUCAAAGAAAAGGCCGUCGGGGGAGGACACGGUAAAGACAAGGACAGGUGUGUUAUCAGCUAAUAAUAUCGCCUUAUUGAAUCGAUUUAUCGAAAUAAAACUCGAGUAGAGCUGCAGGGCGAACCGGAGUGCGCACGGUGAGGAGAAGCGUCCUGCAUGAGCGCAAGCGAAACCUCUCCAUGUCUCCAGGUUUCCAGGUCAGGACACCAAGAGGACGCGCGUCUUACAUCUGCAACAGUCUCAUCCACUAGAUCUGCUUCGUUUCUCCUGUAGAUACCGAACACUAGUGCUUGUUCUUUCCAAGUCCUAAACGUUCAGGAGAACGCGGUGAGCUGUGAGCUGCAGUGGCUUCAAGUGCUGAACACAAGUGUUUACAUGUGCUGUAGGUCUGUUCAUCACGAGUGCACAAAGCUUCUCAUACAAAACUUGAGUUUUUUUUAUUGUAUAUUUAUUUGUUUCUGCAACUGUAAACUUUGUAAAUAAAGAAAAAAAAUACUAAAUACA